GGAAAAGAAGUUGCAGGCAGGAGAGCGAAGGUGCUCUUUGUUACUUUUUUAAUGCGUUAGUCAUGGAAUCCGUCCUCUUAUCGCUUAUUGUUAUCUUCAUCGCGGCCCCCAUCUUUCGCUGGUCUUGUAAGUUCAGGAGAACCAGAGGAAACCAGGAGAACCAUAGUGAGGGUGAGGUAUCCUCUUCACCUCUCUUAUCAUCGGCAUCAUCGCUGAGGGAAGCAGGUGGCUUUGAGCAUGAUGUGUUUCUCAGCUUCAGGGGAGCAGACACUCGCAAGGGCUUCACCGGCCAUCUCCAUCAAGCACUGAAAGAGAAGGGCGUCAUGACCUUCAUCGAUAGUGAGAAGCUGGAGAAGGGGCAGAAGGUGGAGGAGCUAUUUGGGCACAUCGAGAGAUCCAAAAUCUUUGUACCCAUCUUCUCUAAGGGCUAUGCCAAUUCACAGUGGUGCUUGAAGGAGAUUGCCAAGAUGGUAGAGUGUAGGAGACUCAUCAUACCGGUGUUCUUCGAUGUAAAGCCGAAAGACGUCCGUCAUCAAACUGGGCCAUUUAGCUCUGCAUUCAAAAGUUACAGUAAGAAGGGAAAAGUGGAGAAGGAGGAGGUGAGCAAAUGGGGCGAUGCUUUGGGAGAAGCGGGAAAAAUCGCCGGCUACAAUUUAGCCGACACUGAAGGACAUGAGGCAAAGCUCAUCCAACUCAUUGUGACGAGGGUUUUAACUGAAGUAAAUAGGACUCCCCUGUUUAUAGCCAGACAUCCAGUAGGACUUAAUUCUCGCAUUGCAGAUCUGAUGGAAGUGCUAGAUAUCGAAGCCCAAGACGAUGUCAGAAUGGUUGGUAUACGCGGAAUGGGUGGCAUCGGCAAGACAACUCUUGCGAAGGCUGUCUACAACCAAAUCUCUUCUUGUUUCGAUGCUUGCAGUUUCCUUUCUAACGUCAGAGAAGCAGCAGAACAAUCCUCGGGACUCAUUUCCCUCCAAAAACAGCUGCUUCAUGAUGUUUUCAAUGAUGAAAAUGUGAAAGUAAGCGACACCAGUGAUGGAAUUGGCAUUAUUAAGCAACGAAUUUGGAGCAAGAAAGUUCUGCUGGUACUUGACGACGUAAGUGAUGAAUCACAACUCAAAGCAUUGGCUUGCGAACGAGAUUGGUUUUGCGCGGGGUCAAGAAUCAUCGUAACUACGAGAGAUAAACGGGUGUUAAGAGCACCAAGAAUGAAACAAAAUGAAGUGUAUGAGCUUAAGGUGCUAGAUGCUACCCAAUCGCUUCAGCUUUUUUGUUGGCAUGCAUUUGGGAAAGAAGAGGCAGAUGAGAAAUUUGAAGAGCUUUCAAAGGGAGUUGCAUCUACUGCUGCAGGGCUGCCAUUAGCACUAGAAAUAUUUGGAUCACAUUUCUUUGAUCUGAAAACAGCUAAACAAUGGAGAGUUAUGUUAGAAAGGUUGAAGGAAGAUCAAGAUAAAGAUAUUCAUGAGAGGCUGAAGAUAAGUUAUGAUGCACUUGAAGAAAAAGUAAAAAAAGUUUUUUUGGACAUAGCGUGUUUUUUUGUUGGGGAAAGAACAAAGCUUCCUACUCUCAUGUGGGAAGCUUGUAGGUUCUACCCGGACAUAACAAUCAAAGUCUUAAUGCAUAAGUCUCUGGUCAGUAUAAACGAUGAAACUAAUGAGUUUGAAAUGCACGACCAUGUUCGAGAUAUGGGAAGAAAAAUUGUGGAAGACGAGAGGCUUUCGAAUCCAGGGAUGUGCAGCAGCAGGUUGUGGAAGGAUGAUGAGACACUAGAUGUACUUCAAAGCAAGAGAGGAACAAAAAAUAUUGAAGCCAUCAGACUACAAAAAUACGAUGAUUUUCUUUUCCUUGCUAUGCCUGAUCUUACAAGUGCAUUAGGGCUUUUGGAUGACAUGGAAUCGUCGAUGGAAUCUAUAUGUCCGGAAACAGGAAACGUCGAAGACAUCUGCCCCCAACAAUGUGAAGAUCUUAGCCUUCCCAUGCUUGAUCCUGCAAGUGCGUUGGGGCAUUUGCGCACAGAGUGUUUUGAAGCGAUGUCUCAACUUAGAUUGCUGCACUUGGGGAACGUAACAUUCGAAGGUGGAUAUGAACAUUUUCCCAGGACGCUCAGAUGGUUGAUAUGGAGUCCAAGAGACUUGGAGUCAUUGCCUGAGACACUUCAUCUUGAGAACAUCGUUGUUCUUGACUUGUCUUGGAGUUAUAUAACUCAAUUAUGGGGCCAGCAAGCACCUAGAGGGAUCAAGGUCUUUAACAAAUUAAAAGUCUUAAAUCUCAGUGAAUGUAGGAGUCUCACCAUGUGUCCAGAUUUUAGGAGCAUGCCACAUUUAGAGGAAUUGGAUUUUGAAUAUUGUAUAAAGAUGAGUGAACUUCAUCCAUCUAUUGGGCAUCUCAAGAGCUUGGGUCUGUUGGAUUUGAGCCACUGCGAAUCACUGAGGGAAUUGCCUGAAGCUAUUGGAUGUCUUAAGAUCUUGACUAACUUGUUUUUGAGUCACUGCGAAUCACUAAUGGAGCUGCCUCAAGAAAUCUGUCGAUUGACCUCCCUUGAGACACUUGACCUUGAGAAUUGCAAUAAAAUAUCAACUUUGCCGUCGCAUUUGGGGGAUUUGAAAUCAUUAAGAAAGCUCUACCUUAAUAACACCAGCAUAACAACUCUGCCUGAAUCCAUGGGACAGAUGAAGCAACUGAACUUGCUGUCUCUAGAGAAUUGUGACUCCCUAAAAGAGGUACCUGAAUGCAUUUGUUCAUUGCUCAAUCUUGAAGAACUAUACGCUCAAGGAUGUAGCUCCCUUGCAUCCUUUCUCAACUCUCUUGGCAACUUGAGGCGCUUGAGGAAGCUUGAUUUGAGUGACACAGAUAUUGAAGAGUUGUCGGACUCCAUUGUGUUACUAGAGAAGCUUGAGCUCCUAUCAGUUUCUCGAUGUAGACGGCUCAAAUUCUUGCCAGCUUCUGCUUCUGUUGGAUCAAUGUUGCUGAAGAGCGAUGGAGUGUCAUCAGCAAGUGGUGACAUAGCAAACUUUAGACAAUCUUCAGUUGGAGAUCCUUCAAAUAGACAAGACUACUCUCUCCUUCAGUUUCCCUCUUCCCUCACUGAACUAUAUGCAACUGGUUGUUAUGAAUUGGAAAUGGUAGCAGAUGUCUCAAAUGCAGAGAGAUUGCGGGAAUUGAAUCUAAGCGGCUGCCAAAAGCUUGUGGACGUUCCCGGGGUUGAGCGGUUGAAAUGGUUAAACAGCCUAAAGCUUGGAGGAUGUAGAAGCAUUUCCGACUCAUUGAGGAAAAGAGUUGAGGACGCAAACUUUGAACGCUUGACUGACUUCUCUAUCUCUGGAAUCUUGAACGCUGCCGAGUCGUCAGAUGCACCACGGCUUCUCGCUUUCAGCUUUCUUCCCAAGUGGUUCAAGAGUGGCAGCUUGUACUUGAAACUAGGUGAAACCGGCCUUGAUAGCGUCCUUGGUAGUAUAGUCAUCGGCAGAUUCACAACAGCAGAUGGCUACGAGUUGCUGUUUGAAGCUUCAUUUCAGGCGAAAGUGUGGCGACGUUUUGAUAUUUCCGGUGGAGUCCCCAUAGUGAAACUUGGAGAGUAUGGCAAGAUGAUGAGGAAUGGAGGAGGAUUUGUGGGGAAUGAUGGUCUCAGUAGGUCGAUGAUGGUAAUGCAUGUGGUAAUCGAUGGCUGCCUCCUGCUCGGUGGUUAUCUCAGGAGUACUACCAGCGAUGAUGCGUGUGGUGAUAUAGCUUUUGAUCCAUGUGAUAUCACUUCCAUUGCCCAUAUCAGGGAGAAUUUCGGUGGACCAUUACAUUAUUAUGAAGGACCAGCUACUGUCCUCUGUAUAGAUUUCAGUUGAUCGUGAGCAAACCAACGUGACGCCGGUGAACCAGUCUCAUUACUCAUUUACUUCGGCUAUUGACUUGGCUUGCAUUUGUUGAGGGACGAACCAGGCUCAGGUUUUUUGUCAAUCCAUUGACUCUUUUCUUUCUUUCUCAUAUAAUUAACUAGCUUAUAGCAAAUAUAA